AUGCCUCGCCCCCCUUUUCCUUUCUCCCUUCUGUCUCUGUUUCAAUCCACCCAGAUUUCUUUGCUAUACUGCCCUGCUGUCGAUGCGAGCCCAUGCUUUUCUUCUCUUGAGCAUAAGCCGCCCAUGACGGCUGUCCGUCCAAGGGAGAAGAAGGAAACAAAAGAUCAAGUAUGA